UACGCAUGCGUAUGUAGGUUUUGUUUAGGUAUGGCGGUGUACGUAACGUGCCUCACCGCAGGCGGAGGUUUGCCGGUCUUCACACGAUCUUCAGGAGAUUUGAAGCCACUUCCAUUCCCACUGAUCGGCUCUCUCAACGGGGUUCACAUGUUUGGAGCCAAUCACAAUGUUGACCUUCUAUCCUCCACAACAGAUGAUUCCAAGGUCAUUUGGAAGGUGUUUCAAGACAGCAUCACACUGAUCAUUAUCUCCCAGGACGAUAUUGCUGAUGACUGUCACAUGACUAACUUGCUCAAGUUCAUCCACCAAUCGCUGGUCCUGUUACUUGGAAAGGAAGAAGUGCAGAACAUCGACAAAAAUGUAGAAAAAUUCAAACGGGAGGUGAAGGUGUGUAACAGCCUGAUUGACCAUUUGAUACAAGCACCUGCCUUGUCCACCUUUUCACAGCUGACCAACACAGUUGAAAUCAUUGCUGCACCUGAGAACAAUGUCCUCCAGAACUUCCUUGACGCUUUCACUGAUGCUGCUGAAACGGUCUACGGCUGUUUAUUGGUGGAGGGCAAGGUUUCCGUAGCAACUAAAAAAUGGUGGAGUCUCACAGCUAAUGAACUUGUCCUGCUGCGUAUGUUGGUCACAUCACUGUCGGACUGUACGUCACGGGAUCUACCUGUGUACCUACCCGACAGUCACCCAACAGUUCCACACCGCCUGAUGACGUUUCACCUGACUAAGUGUGUACAGGUGUGUGUUAUCUGUGGCCCUAAUCCUGCCCUUGCUGAACUGGAGCCUGAGGUUGUCAGAUUCUGGAAAACCGCCUAUGAUCCUUUGAUAUCUGUGUGUAGACUUCAUCCCAGGAACUUCCCCAUCACAAUAACACUGGAUCCAAACAUCCUGGGAUUUUUGGUAGUAAACAGAGACACCAACAGAUGCUUAUGUAGUACAAGUCCUUCUCUGGAAGACAGGUCUACACUAGGAGAUGGUCUUAACACUUCCCAGAGGAAAGAGGUUCUACAGUCCUUCUACAAGAAAGUCGUAGGUUCUUUCUUUUCCUCCAACAUUGAGGGCAGUGCUUUAAGACCAGGGGAAUACAGUCACACACCACAGGAGACCUACAUCACCACCGACAUACACAAGUGUUACGCCGCCCAGACUGGAUCCUACCAGAUCUUCAUCCUGUACGCUGACAGUAUACCUACAUAUGCCAUGAGGUCAAUCACACAAAAGACCCUCGAUCUGCUAACAAAAGACAGGCAUGUGUGUAUAUGAGGACAGCCUGCCACUUACUGAUGUACAGUUUUACCUAGGAGCCCUCGGUAUCGGCAUGUGACCAUGCACUUACUGAUGUACAGUUUUACCUAGGAGCCCUCGGUAUCAGCGUGUGACCACUUACUGAUGUACAGUUUUACCUAGGAGCUCUUGGUAUCGGCGUGUGACCACUUACUGAUGUACAGUUUUACCUAGGAGCCCUCGGUAUUGGCGUGUGACCACUCACUGAUGUACAGUUUUACCUAGGAGCCCUCGGUAUCGGCAUGUGACCACUUACUGAUGUACAGUUUUACCUAGGAGCUCUCGGUAUCGGCAUGUGAUGAUGUAACGGGACAUACGUGGUUAAAUGAUGUCACUAAAGUAAUGAUCAUGUACCACUGAUCUAAAUCAAGGAAGUUAUUUUCGCUGAAAUUUGUGGUAGAGUGGUAGAAAAUCGAGGUUUCCUCACUUUUGAGGUAAAAUAAUCUCAUUAGUCCAGAUGAUUAUUCAGGUGGCAGGGAUAGAGGCAAAGUGAAUGAAAGUCAUGUCACAUGGACAGUAACAAGUUCAGAGGUCAGAUGACAAAGUCACAGACAAUUGUAAUGUCAUAGGAAAGGUGAAAGUCACAUGUUAAGGUCACAGAUGGAGACAGAGAUGGUGAUAAAGACACGGAGAAGGUCACGAAGGUCACACAGAUGAAGACACACACUCGAGGAUAGUGGUGCUUUCCACAUUAAUUUACUGGUCACCAAUCACAUUUCAAUAUCAUUGCUAGAUACUAUGUGUUUGUUGAAAGGGAUAAGAUACAUUAAGCAGGAGUGGUAGGUAACAUGUUUGGUAGGUAACAUGUUUGGUAGGCUACACAUUAACUGUUCUUGUUUGUAGCCCUGACCAAUUAAAUAUUACUCUGAAAGUCUAAGUGUAUUUCAGUUGAUGUUAGCAUUCUCACUAAAUAUGUCUUAAGAUGGAUUGUGUCAAUAGCUUGUCCAUCAGUCUUUUCUGUCUGUGAGUAAAUGUCUAAGAGUGUGAGGAGAUGCAUCGACUAUGGUUUAUAUAUAUGUACAUCUUUGAUAAAGAAACUGUAAAUUUCUGAUCAAAUUGUAAAUGUAUCUAUCCUCAAUAAAGCAAAAAAACUUG